CUGUAAGUUAUGUUACAAUUUGUAAUUGAAAGGCCUGAUUUCAUGUCAAUUUGCUUUUUGUUAAUUUAUAAUGAUUUAUAGAUUUUAUAGUAAAAGCAGGUUGAUUAAAAAUCUCCUAUGUCUUCGGACAGUGAAAACCAAAGUUCUUUCUUGUUGCUUCUGCUGAAACAUCUUAACCAAACUAACUCAGAUUCCUUGGAAACCUUGGAAAGAGAGAAUCUCCACUUUGUUAUUACUGAUAAUUUAAUAGCUACAUUCGAAGAAAUUAAAUGUGACAUUUUUUUCAACAAACAUCAUAGCCAAAUACAACAUCAGCAAAUAUCACCGAAAUCAUCAUGUAAUGUCAAUACCGAUAAAGUUAUCACCAAUCAUCUCACCGAGGACACAAGUGCAUCACCAACACCAACUCCUUCAUCUGACUCUUCAUCAGUUCCGUCUUCUUAUCAGGAUGGUACUGUUCUCUCAUCGGCAGAUUGGUUGGUCGAACAAAGUAACUCAGGCUCCGAUGUUUUUUCUAAUUCAGGUGCUGCAGAUAAGCCAGAUAAUUUCAAACUCAACAUCAGCAAACAUGAAAGUGAACUUAAUUCUUUCUCUGGAUCAAUCUCUAAUUUAAGUGAAAUUAGCUCAAAUGUGACCUUAGAUGGAGAAAGCAAGGUAUUGUCUGAAACGUCUACUUUUGGACCAUUAGAUGACUUUGAAUCAGCCGAUAAUUCAGCUGAAUCAGUAGCUGUUCAAUUACUAUCACAUUACUCACAGAGACCAUUUUCUACAAGACGGUCUUCCUUACAACCUUUUAUGAUGAGUUCUCCAAUGUCUGGUGAUGAACCUAAUCGCAAUAGUAGUAGAUCUUUACCCAUUCGUCGCAGUGGAAGUUCAUGUUACUCGCUUUACUCUAAUCCAAGUCCAAUUGUAACAAAUACUUCAUUUCAAUCUCUAUCAUCUCUUCAUCAAGUUCCAUCAGCUGCGACUCGAUCAUCAAGUAUUAAACUGAGAGGAAAUUCACUUUGGGCUCCCCUCCGACCUCAACUAAUAUGCAACAUUCAACGACCUACUGAUAAAUAUUCUCAAUGGCAAAGGCAAAACCAAAGAUGUGCUGGUUGUGGUUUUAACAUUGACUCUAAAUGCAAAGAAUUCCAUGGUAUAAUGUACUGUUAUUAUACAGGCAAAUUUUUUUGUCGUGUUGGCUGCCAUUCAGGACGUAAAGCUAUUUUACCUGCGUAUGUCAUUCAUAACUGGGAUUUCAAUUGUUAUCCUCUUUCCAAUUGCGCAGUCAACUUUCUUGAAAAAUAUCGCGGAGAGCCUCUAUUUCAUAUCAACGAUCUAAAUCCGAGUCUCUAUAAAAGAGUUAAGCAACUUAGUAAAUUAUUAGAUUUAAGGUUCCAACUUAGGUCAUUGAGAGAAUAUAUUUCCACUUGUAGAAAUGCGAAAGACUUCGUUUUUUAUUUCAAAUCAUUCGAACCUCAACAUUUUAUCCAAGAUGAUAUUCAUCUUUAUUCUUUGGAGGAUCUUAUAACAAUUAAACGCUCUAAAAAGCUUUUAGAUAAAUGUUGGGCUCUAGUCAGAGAAUCCAUUGAUCAUGUUUCCAGAUGUGAAUACUGUAAAGCCCGUGGCUUUUUCUGUGAGCUGUGCAAAAAAGAAGACGUUCUCUUUCCAUUUGAGAUUGGCCGUAUUUACCAAUGUAGCGCUUGCCACUCUUGUUUCCAUUUAUAUUGUUUUAACCAUCAAGCCAACCAAAAAUGCUCUAAAUGCUCUAGAAUUCAAGCCCGCCGUUCCCGUCACCAGCCAACUAAAUUCAAUAACAGUGAUACAGUGAUACUGGUAAUGAUAGUCUUCAAGAAGUUCCCGAACCCUUAGAAACUGAGGACCAGUCCGAACCAUGUUCACUGUCACCACUAUUAACUACUAACAUUAAGUCCACAAACACUGUGGAAUCGUGAUAAAAUCGCUGGAUAAUAGAAAAUUUAAAUAGCUUUCUUAUAAAUGAACCCUAAUUAUUUUAUGUUUAUUAACCGAUUUCUAAUGUAUUCACUUUGAUGGUCAGACGAGAUGCUUACGCUUUUUUGGUUGUCAAAUUAAAGAUGAAAGCUAAAUUGUUAAAGUCUUAACAAAGCAAUGGAUCGCCGAUUAAAAAAUUGCAUUUUUUCUCGUCCUCUCAA